GGAAAACCAGGAAGUACAGUGUGAAGGUUGGCGCAGCAACAGCGGCAAGAUGGGGGUGAAAAUAGAGGUGUUUCGUGACACAACGGGAGGAAAGUCAUACCAAAAGGUGGGUUACGUCGAGCUCAACCUGUCUGAGUAUGCAAGCUCUGGUUAUGUGACCCGACACUGCCUCCUAGAGGGAUAUAUGACCAAGGACAACAAGCUGGACAACUCCCUUCUCAAGGUGGGCCUACAGAUGCAGCUGCUUCAGGGAGACCCAUGUUUCAGAGUGUGAGGAUAUUAUUAAUAGCAUUGAUCAACUAUUAUUCACUAAUACGGUAUUAUGGAUGUUAUUGUACAUAAACUACUACUAUUCAACCAUCUUUUCAGUUAUAUUAAUUUCCCAACUUUGAUUACAAUAUGCUGCCGAUUAUAGUCUUUGUCACUCUCCUGUUUGUGCUUUACUCAGUCCGACCCAGCAUUCACUUCCAAACGGAACUUUGUCAUCUGAGAAUGUUGAGCAGCCCAGAGAAAGCACAUCCAGUCACUCUGAGCCAUGUAUGUGUGACCAGCCAGGGUUUGGACCCGUGCUACAAGACUGUGUUAAGCUGCUGAGCUAAAGCCUAGGCAUUAGCUCGGGAAGCUAACACAAAUCUUUAGGUCUUAGACUUGUGUGGUUAACCUAACGACAUCUGUUUAAUAUGCUUGUACUUAUCAGGCAAACACACCAACUCACAGAGAUGCACCAAUUAACUAUCCUCAUCAAACUGCAACCACCAAAGAGCAUUUGGCAUUUGAAGUAAACCCCACAAUGUAUUUCCCUCAGGUUCAAAUCAAAUCAUAUUUUAUUGGUCACAUACACGUGUUUAGCAGACGUUAUUGCGGGUGUAGUGAAAUGCUCAUCAGAUGACACCCUGAGAAGGCAGCUGGCGAUGAAGGGUGGGCUGCUGCUGCUGCUAGAUGCCAUGCCCAGUCAGAACCCAGAGGCGCAGGAGAGGGCCAGAGUUGCCGGUCAGUUGACUCGGGUCGGGAACACACGGGUGGAUGCCCAGGAAGUGGUUGAAAAUCUCUGUCUGGAGAGCUUGGGCUCAGUAUUUGAGCUCCCUCCUCCCAUGGUUGGUGCUUUGAACUUGAUGCUGGUUUCAAGAACACAGAUGAGUAAAAGCAUGGCAUACUACUCAAUAGAGAAUGCUAAUGCUUAGUAUCAAUAUCUAUUACAGAAGCUGGACUUGCACUCUUUGUUGGUCAGGAUGGCACCACAACCCUUGGUGUCACUCACAUACAGAACCGGUAGCCUUUUGGAGAUGGAGCUCAACUGAUCCUUGAAAUGUCAUAUGUUGAUUCUAAUGUAAUGGAAUUACGAUUCUUAAUUGGAUUUCUAGUGAUGUCCCACUCUGUCUCAACAGGGACUUCCAUGCUGGAAGUUUAGAGAAUGUCAUCAUAAUGAAAUAACUACGUAGAAAUAAAGAUGUUUGACACCCAAACCACAAGAAAAUCUACCCUAUAUCAGAGACUUACUGUAAAUGACAAUGUUUUAAUGCAAAUGUACUCAUGAAGAAUAUGAAUAACACUUUAGUCAAAUUGUAAAUUCUUAUUUACUUAUUUAUUUUGAGUGCAUUUGAAUGUACUUCUACACUUUUCUAUCUUUGAAAAACUAAGCUGACAUGACAUAAGUGUUAUGAUGAUUAUGUUAGCCAGUUAAAAAGUUGCAUGGAAAAAAUCGACAACACGGAAGUGUCAAGAUGGCACCAAGCAGACUGAAGGCGUUAGUCGGAGAGAAAAUCCUGAAUGGAGUUAUCAAAAGUGUGAAGAAGGAUGGAGAAUGGAAGGUGCUCAUUGUGGACCACAUCAGCAUGCGAAUCCUGUCCUCCUGCUGCAAGAUGUCAGAUAUCAUGGCAGAGGGGGUGACUAUUGUAGAGGACAUCAACAAGCGCAGGGAGCCCAUCUCCAGCCUGGAGGCCAUUUAUCUGAUCUCCCCUUCAAAGAAGUCGGUUCAUGCUCUUAUCAAUGACUUCAAAGAGACGGCUUUCACCUACAAAGCGGCGCACAUCUUCUUCACAGACAAUUGCCCAGAUGCUCUGUUUGCUGAGAUUGGGAUUUCCAGAGUUGCCAGAGUCAUCAAGACUCUGAAGGAGAUCAACGUGGCUUUCCUGCCGUACGAGUCCCAGGUAUUUUCCCUUGACGAUCCCAGCUCCCUGCACUCGUUCUACAGUCCAGUUGGAGAGGGGAAUAAAGACAGAAUGAUGGAGACUCUGGCAGAGCAGAUCGCCACCCUCUGUGACACCCUGAAGGAGUACCCUGCCAUCCGCUUCCGCAGCGGUCCUGAGGCGAAUGCCAGACUGGCUGAGGAGGUGUAUCAGCGUCUGAACGCCCAUAAAGCAGACAACCCCAGCAUGGGAGAGGGUCCUGACAAGGCCAUGUCUCAGCUGUUGAUUGUGGACCGUGGCUUUGACCCCAUCUCUCCCAUUCUGCACGAGCUGACUUUCCAGGCCAUGGUCUAUGACCUUCUGGACAUCGAACAGGACAUCUACAAAUAUCAGACGACUGGGAUCGGGGACUCCAAGGAGAAGGUGGUUCUCCUGGACGAAGACGAUGAGCUGUGGGUCCAGCUGAGGCACAUGCACAUAGCUGACGUCACCAAGAAAGUGACGGAGCUGCUGCGUGUGUUCUGUGAGAGCAAGAGGAUGUCCACUGAUAAGGCUAAUAUCAAAGACCUGUCUCAGAUGCUGAAGAAGAUGCCACAGUACCAGAAGGAACUCAGCUUGUACUCCACUCACCUGCACCUGGCUGAGGCCUGCAUGAAGAAAUUCAAAGCCUCGGUUGACAAGCUGUGUGAGGUGGAACAGGACCUGGCCAUGGGGACUGAUGUAGACGGGGAACCCCUGAAGGAUGCCAUGAAGAGCAUCGUCCCCGUACUCCUCAACACCGACAUCGACCCCUACGACAAGAUCCGCAUCAUACUGCUCUAUAUCUUCCACAAGAAGAAGGGCAUUGGAGAGGAGAACCUGACCAAGUUAAUCCAGCAUGCCAAUGUGCAGGCAAACAGCAACAUCAUCACCAACCUACAGCACCUGGGCUGUCCCAUCAUCGCUGGGGCUCCCAAUGCUGGGAAAACACUGCCUGAGAAGAAAGAGCGCAAGGAGAGCACGUACCAGCUCUCCCGAUGGACACCCACCAUCAAAGACGUGAUGGAGAAUGCCAUAGAGGACAAGCUGGACAGGAAGCAGUGGCCGUUCAUCUCUGACCCUGCCCCCAUCAACACCAUGCAGACGACUGUCAGCAGUGCUCGGUUCGGACAAUGGCACAAGAACAAGUCUCCAACGGAGUAUCAUUCCGGCCCUCGGCUCAUCAUCUUCAUGAUCGGAGGUGUGUCCCACUCCGAGAUGCGCUCCGCCUACGAGGUCACUCGAGCCACCGAUGGAAAUUGGGAGGUCCUGAUUGGUUCGUCUCACAUUGUCACUCCCACCAGCUUCCUAAAUGACCUGAAGAAGCUGGACCUGGUUCCAACUCCUGAAAGCUAGAUAUAACUUUCCCUUCUCUCCUCGGCCUGGAAGGGAGCUGGUCUGAGUCUGCUGGGAGAAUGGCUCUGAACACAAACCUGGAUUCAAAUUGUGUUUUUUCUUUCAAAUAUGUUGAGAGUUUUGAUUGUCUGCCGAGAGUACCAGAUCAGUGGGAUUUGCAGUUUGCACUUUUAGGACUAUUCCAGUGGUUCCAUUGGGUUAGACAAGCUCAAUUAAGCACAGUUAACAUAUUUGAAAGAAAACAAAUACUAUUUGAACCCAGGUCUGCUCUUAACGGAGUGGUUUAUUAUGAGAUGCUUGUGUACUCGUCUAAUGUUGCAGGGUUUGAGAUAGCUGUAAAACAAAGUGCCAUUUUAAGAUGUAGUCAUCAUUAAAGGAUAGCAUCUUGUGAUUUUCAAUCUUUUAUUGAAUUUCUCUUUUAAUUAUGCUUGAAGUAAAACAAAUUAUGUACAUACGUAUUAAUAUAAUGCUGUGAUGGACAUUUUCUGCUCUGAAUAUUUAAUUAAAACAGUCUAUAUUAUGAAGAUUAUUUUAAUCUGUCUCUGUCUUCUACGGUAAUUGAGUUACAAAUAUGUGAAUCAUCAUUAUUACUUUCCCUUUUAUCUGUUUAUUUAUGUAGUAGUACCAUCCCUGUUCAACAAUACUUAUCUACAACUUUAUACCCAGAAUUCAUUACAUAUUUUGAUAUAUUGCCUGUUCUUUCAUUCUCCAGAUCAGCAUGAAGGUCAUUUCUUUUUCUCCCCAAUGCUUGUAGGUAUUUAUAUUAAGGAUGCAAGAAAUUAGUGACUGCUGUACACCAAAGAACCUUGGGCUGCAUCUCAACAGUCUAAAGUGGCUUCCUCUCCUUCUGUCCUGUCAGUGCAGAUGAACGAAAGGAGAUAAGGAGCGGUGGCCUGUUUAGACAAUUGAGAUGCAACCUUUGUGUUGGGACCAUUAAAUACUUGUGUGCCUUUCCCGAGUUACAUUUAUUGUUUUCAUCUGUCUGAAUGUCUUUACUACAGUAGUGUCUUCCUCUAAAAUCAUGCACUUUUAUAAUAUACGUUUUAUAAAGGAAGGGAUGAAGUGUGGUUGUUUGGGCUUUUGUUGUCUUUGUAUUUUGGUCAAAAUUAUGAAUAAAAAAUAUGCAUAUAUUUUA